CCCUGCCCUGCCCGCCGAUGCUGCGCGAGGGCCGGGCGCAGGGGGCUCGGGAUCCGCUCCGGCUGCAGCGCGAGAGGAGGCUCCGAGGAUCCCCUGCUGACUCGAGAGCGGCGCUACAGCCAGCCAGGCGCAGGCUCCCACCCUGGCAGCCAGGCAGACCGUGCAGGAGCUGAAGGCGGACGCAGGAGCCAUGAGCAGCGCCGUGCUGCUGACUCACCUCCCGGACCCCAGCACCAGCUUCAGGGAGGAUGCCCCGCGCCCCCCUGUGCCAGGGGAGGAAGGGGAGGCACCAUGCCCGCAGCCUGCCUGCGCCUUCGCCAUGAAAAGCCAAAGCUUCGAGGCCGUGCCGGUGUCCUCGGCCCCCAGGAGGAACGAGGAUGGCUUGGGAGAGCCGGAAGGCAGCGCGUCUCCGGACUCCCCUCUGGCCAGAUGGACCAAGUCCCUGCACUCUUUGUUGGGGGAUCAAGAUGGUGCCUAUCUCUUUCGGACCUUCCUGGAACGGGAAAAAUGCGUGGAUACCUUAGACUUCUGGUUCGCCUGCAAUGGCUUCAGGCAGAUGGACCUUAAGGAUACCAAAACUUCGCGGGUAGCCAAAGCUAUAUACAAACGGUACAUCGAGAACAACAGCAUCGUCUCCAAGCAGCUCAAGCCGGCCACGAAAACCUACAUACGGGAUAGCAUCAAGAAGCAGCAGAUAGAUUCGGUGAUGUUUGAUCAGGCACAGACUGAGAUUCAGACUGUGAUGGAGGAAAAUGCUUACCAGAUGUUUUUAACUUCUGAUAUAUACCUCGAGUACGUAAGGAGUGGGGGAGAGAAUCCUGCUUACGUUCACGGCAACGGACUGGGGAGCUUAAAAGUGGUCUGUGGCUACCUCCCGACCUUGAACGAAGAAGAGGAGUGGAGCUGCGCGGACUUUAAAAGCAAAAUCUUGCCAUCUGUCGUUGGGUUGUCUAGCAAGACUUUGAGGGUUACAGCCAAUGUCAGAGCUACGGAAACUGUCGAGAAUGGAUACAGGUCCUUCAAGAGGAAUGAUCCUGUUAACCCAUACCAUGUGAAUUCUGGCUAUGUUUUUGCCCCAGCAACUAGCGCAAACGAUAGCGAAAUAUCUAGCGAUGCCUUGACUGAUGACUCCAUGUCCAUGACAGACAGCAGCGUAGAUGGAAUCCCUCCUUAUAGACUUGGGAGCAAGAAGCAGCUCCAGAGGGAGAUGCAUCGGAGCGUUAAGGCUAAUGGUCAAGUUUCUCUACCUCAUUUUCCAAGAACCCACCGUCUUCCUAAGGAAAUGACCCCUGUGGAACCAGCUACCUUCGCUGCUGAACUCAUCUCCCGGUUGGAAAAGCUAAAGCAAGAGCAAGAAACCAUGGAUAGUCUGGAGGAGAGGCUACAGCAAAUCAAAGAGGAUGAAGAGAAGGAGGGAACAGAGCUCCCUGUCAACACACAGACCAAUCGGGAGGCAGCAAGCACCCAGCAUCAGCAACACCCGCUCGCUCUCCUACCAUCCGGCAGCUACGAGGAAGACCCGCAGGCGAUCCUAGAUGACCAUCUGUCGCGAGUGCUGAAGACCCCUGGCUGCCAGUCGCCUGGCAUGGGGCGGCACACCCCUCGCUCCCGCUCCCCAGACCGCCUCCCAGGCAGCAAGCAACAGCAGGGCGCGGCCUUGCCAGCUGCUUGCACCCUCAUCAGCAAAGGAUUUAUCACCAAGCAGACAACGAAGCACGUCCACCACCACUACAUCCACCACCACACCAUCCCCAAGACGAAAGAGCAGAUUGAAGCCGAGGCGGCGCAGCGCGUCCAGUGCUUCUGCGCUGGGGGCAGUGACUACUACUGCUACUCCAAAUGCAAGAGCCACUUGAAAGGCACGGACCUACCUCUGGCUCAGCUGGAUCAGUUUGGCAGGACAGGCACGCUGACGAAGAGGAAUGGCAAGAUAAUGGACGGUGUAGCCGUGCCAGCUGGGGAAGGAGGGCUCCCCGUAACGCCGGGGCUCCAGUUACCUGGAGGCGACGCAGACCGGUCGCAGAAUGUCUGGCAAUGGAUGUUGGAGAGCGAGAGACAAAAUAAGCACAAGCCCCAUAGCACACAAAGCACAAAGAAGGCCUACAAUUCGGAGUUCGUCAGGGGGGCUCCCGGCGAGCGCCCAGGCCGCCACCACCUGUGGGGCAACAACAGCCACCCGCGUGGGGUGCAGCCCGCCCACCCGUUUGUCCAGGAUCCUGCCAUGCCCCCGCUGACCCCACCCAACACCCUUGCACAGCUGGAGGAAGCGUGUCGCAGGCUCGCGGAGGUGUCCAAGCCCCAGAAACAACGAUGCUCAGCCUCAAAUCAACAGAGGGAUCGAAAUCACUCAGCUGCCAUCCAGGGAGGAAAUGCCCCUUUUUGCAAUGCAAGUCUAACUACAGAAGAUCACAAAGAGCCAAAGAAACUCCCAGUCGCUCACACCUCCCAGUCUAGCGAGUUGGUUGUCACAUAUUUUUUCUGUGGAGAAGAAAUUCCCUACAGGAGGAUGUUAAAGGCCCAGAGCCUGACACUUGGGCACUUUAAAGAGCAGCUGAGCAAAAAGGGAAAUUAUAGGUAUUACUUUAAAAAAGCAAGUGAUGAAUUUGACUGUGGUGCGGUUUUUGAAGAAAUUUGGGAAGAUGACACAGUUCUGCCCAUGUACGAAGGAAGGAUUCUUGGAAAAGUAGAGAGGAUUGAUUGAUGGCAUUGGUGUUCUUUUUAGAAAUCCUAAGCUAGAGAUGUCUCUGGACACACAGUAGUGACAAGGGGGAAAAACAACUCUGAAGGAAAGUUUUGAACCAAUGAAGAAAAAAAAAGGCAAGGUCUAUGAAGACUUUGCUGAAUUAGCCUUAGAGGAAAAAAUGGCAUUUAUUAUUCAUGAGUUGGGUACCGAGAUGAUAAAAACCCUGAACUAUUUAUUAAAAACAUGACCACUGUUGGCUAUUGGAGAUGCAGACCAUGUUUGAGAGACUUCCAUACAUAAUAUAUGACUUCCUGGGGAUCUGAAAUCUAUGGACUAAGAGAAACUGUGUAUAGCUUACCUUAACAGUAAUCCUUAUUGAUAUUUAUUGAACAGUCUGAUUUUUCCCUUAAGUCCAGUUUAUGGAUAUGCUGCUUUAACAAUGGAGAAGAGAGGGGAUAUGGGAGGAGGGUAUAUAUUUUUUGUGUGUUGUUCCCACUAUCUAAAAGUUCAGCUCCAAGUUCAUUAAUAAUUUCUUUCCUUUUACAAAGAAAGGAAACAUGUUGUGCCCAGCACUUCUCCAAGUGAAGAUAAAAGCUCUAAAGAAAAGUUGGUGUGGGGGGAAACCUUGACUGAAAAAAGAAAAGCAAAGAAAACAACCCUACCAUUCACUUGUCUAGAGAUGGGUGCAUUUUAAUCUAUGCUGCUCUGAUCCAAAAUAAAGGUCUUAAGCAUUCUACAUGUUUGAUGCAACACAGCAACGGUGAUUGGUUUUUGUCCAGGGGUUUCUGUGGCGUGAGGCUUUCUAUUGUUGCUUUCAUUGUGUGGGACUCCAAGUUGUGUCCGGGGCCUGUCUAUGCCAAGGCAGCCUAUAGCAAAUGCAGACCUAGGAAGAGAGCUGAACAAGCAGCCAGCCAGUUCUCAUUUCCACGUUAACACGCCAAAAGGAUGCAUUGCAAAACCAGAUUAUAAUCCAGAUGUGUAUUCUACAUUGGCUAGGAAAAAUAGCUAUCUUUCUACUUCAGCGUUAGCACAUCUUGUAUUUAAGACCACAUGCAAAUGCAGUGGGGUGGGUUUUCAGACAUGUUUUAUCUUCUCUACAUAGCACCCAUUUGAGCCAAUGGGAGUUGUGCUAAGGCUCUAUGCUACACUUUGAAUAGCUUCCUCUUCCUCUGUGCGUGAGUGUGUGCGCGUGUGUACAUUGUUGGGACAAAGCAACCCUUUUCCAAGAAAGACCUUCCAUUUCUACAUUUGGGUUUUAUGUUGAUUAAGUUAAUCUGUGCAUUGUUUGCCAUUGCUACUUUGUGUAAGUCUGUAUAUAUUGUAGAAAGUGUAUGGUGAAAAUAUUAAUACACUAUCUCUAGUGUUUUUAAAAUUUAAUCAGUACAGUACCUGUGCCUGCAUGGUUUUACUAUGCCAUGUUUUGCCCUAUAUUCAGGGUUCAAGCUUUCCCUUGUUUGUUUAAGGGGUUUAUGUAUAAAUAUAUUUUAUGCCUUUUAUUACAAGUCCUGUACUCAUGACUUUUGCCAUGGCAUUUUGUUCUACUUAUACUGUAAAUUAUGCAUUAUAAAGAGUUUCAUUUAAAGAAAAUUACUUGGUACAAUAAUUAUUGUAAUUAAGAGAUGUAGCCUUUAUUAAAAUUUUAUAUUUUUCAAAUUAA